AGGUACCUGGUGGACAGCCGCUGGUUCCGGCAGUGGAAGAAGUACGUGGGCUUCGACAGCUGGGACAUGUUCGGCGAGGGAGAUCCCGCCCUCUUCCCUGGGCCUGUCGACAACUCGGGUCUCUUCAGCGAUCCAGAAACUCAGACUUUAAAAGAACACCUCAUUGAUGAGCUAGAUUACAUCUUGGUUCCCACUGAAGCCUGGAACAGACUAGUGGCCUGGUAUGGCUGCAUAGAUGGACAGCAGCCUAUUAUGAGGAAAGUGGUGGAAUAUGGUCUGUUUGUGAAACACUAUAAGGUUGAAGUUUAUCUUGUUGAGCUGAAGCUGUGUGAGAGCAGCAAUCCUGACAAUGUAAUUAGCUGCCACUUUAGCAAAGUAGAUACUGUUGCCACCAUUGAGAAAGAAAUGAGAAAACUAUUUAAUAUCCCAGCUGAGAAGGAAACCAGGCUAUGGAACAAGUAUAUGAAUAACACCUACGUGCAGCUCAGCAAGCUGGAUAGCACACUGCAAGAUGCAGGGCUCUAUCACGGUCAGGUUGUUCUAAUAGAAGUGGAAAAUGAAGAUGGCACGUGGCCUGGACAGCAUUUCCUGGCAAA